AGGAAGUGAUAUCCGUCUGCCUGUGCGUCCGCCGGGGUUCUCAAAGAAAUGGAUCCCCCUAAGUAAUGCACCGCUGUCGGAGAACACCGAAUGAGCUUAGCUAGCUUCAAUCUUCCUGGCUACAAAGGUAUGGAUCCUAUCAUGUCUAGUCUACGUGGGAUUCUGCUCGUUUAUGGGCAAGCUGACAGUUCCGCCCGCGCAGAAAUUUCAGAACCGGCCUGCGUCGAGACUAACUCCCAAGGUGUCCGGUGCCAAGCACGAGGUCUUGUAUGAUGGACACCUGCCAAGAGGGCCUGGAGGAACUAACAGCGUGAGAUUCCACGGGCAUUGGACGUCGCGUGGAGAUUCUCCAUGGCUUGUUGCUCCCAAGGUCCUCCUCCCAAGCCUUGGCGGAGAGGAGGUCUUGGCGCUUCGGUGCAUUUCUGGGAUGUUCGGGUUAGUGACGAUGGUUAGUGCCUCGUGGAUCGGGGAUGAUCGUGAUAUUGCCUUGACAUCGCAUGGUCUGCCGAUGCACGUUGUCGGAGAUAUUCCCUGCAUGGGCGAUGUAACAUCGCUUGUCGGGUUGGUCCGUUGACAUUGGAAUGUUAGGGCUUGCAUCGUUCCACCGGAAUCAGACAGAUUCCUCCGGACUGGGGAGACGUCCAACAAGGUCCUCCUUGGCAUUGUCGUCUAGAUGGCGAUGUGAUAUCCAAAGGUCCUGAAAGGGUA